ACGUUGCCCAAGCGCCCCCAUCUUCGUCGCCCAAAACCUCUGUCAGAGGGAGGAGGACGGUAGAAUCCAGUAGCCUCAAAUUUGAAGAAAAUCCCGCACUUUCUUCUCAGACGGAGGAAGAUGAAGUUCCAAAUCGAAGGCGUGGAGGUGUAUUUCCCAUACGACAACAUAUACCCGGAACAGUACCAGUAUAUGCUGGAGCUUAAACGUGCCCUAGAUGCUAAAGGCCACUGCCUUCUUGAGAUGCCAACCGGCACGGGGAAAACCAUAGCUUUGCUGUCGUUGAUCACCAGUUAUCAGCUCUCCAAGCCGUCCGACAGGAUUAAGCUCCUUUAUUGCACUCGAACUGUUCAUGAGAUGGAGAAAACUUUGGCUGAACUCAAGGCUCUGUAUCAAUAUCAGCUUAAAAAUUGUGGGGAUAGAGCUAAAAUGCUCGCCAUUGGCUUGUCUUCCAGGAAGAAUUUGUGUGUUAAUCCGGAUGUGGUUUCGGCCGAGAAUAGGGAUUCUGUUGAUGCUGCCUGCCGGAAGCUCACUGCCAGUUGGGUCCGCGCCCUAGCUGCGGAAAAUCCUAGCGUCCCUUCUUGUCCAUUUUUUGAGAAUUACGAGAGGGCGUCUGCCGAUGCCUCUUUGCCUUCUGGGGUUUAUACUUUGCAGGACCUCAAGGUUUUUGGUAAAGAGAAAGGUUGGUGCCCUUACUUUUUAGCACGCCAUAUGGUGCAACGAGCAGAUGUGAUAGUCUAUAGCUACCAAUACCUUCUUGACCCAAAAGUUGCUGGAAUCAUAUCAAAGGAGAUGCAGAAAGAGUGUGUUGUGGUGUUUGAUGAGGCUCACAACAUUGAUAAUGUAUGUAUUGAGGCACUUAGUGUCAGUGUGAGGAGGCAGACACUUGAGGGGGCGACAAGGAAUCUAAGCAGGAUGAAACAAGAGAUUGAUAGGUUGAAGGCCACAGAUGCUGGUCGGUUGCGUGCAGAGUACAACCGUCUAGUUGAUGGUCUUGCACAGAGGGGGAACCUACCUAUAUCGGAUGCAUGGCUUGCAAACCCUGCAUUGCCAGAUGAUAUCUUGAAGGAAGCAGUGCCAGGGAAUAUAAGGCGAGCGGAGCAUUUCUUGUCCGUGUUGCGGAGACUUGUUCAGUACCUUAAAGGAAGAUUACAAGCCGAGAAUGUUGAAAAGGAGGGACCUGUUUCCUUUGUGGCUUCAAUCAAUUCGCAAGCUGGAAUUGACCAGAAAAUGUUGAGAUUUUGUUAUGACAGGCUUCAUUCACUUAUGAUGACUCUGGAGAUAACUGAUACUGAUGACUUUUUACAUAUCCAAACUGUUUGUGACCUUGCAACAUUAGUAGGAACAUACACAAGAGGAUUCUCGAUUAUAAUCGAACCUUUUGAUGAGAGAAUGCCAGACAUCCCAGAUCCUGUUCUUCAGUUGAGCUGUCAUGAUGCCUCAAUUGCCAUAAAACCUGUAUUUGAACGUUUCCAAUCAGUUGUUAUUACUUCUGGGACACUCAGCCCAAUUGAUCUUUACCCUCGUCUUCUCAACUUCAAUCCUGUAUGUACUAGAAGUUUUAAAAUGUCAUUGACGAGGGAUUGCAUAUGUCCUAUGGUUCUCACGCGGGGAAGUGAUCAGCUUCCUGUGAGUACAAAAUAUGAUUUAAGAAGUGAUCCUGGUGUUGAGAAAAAUUAUGGGAAGCUCUUGUUAGAAAUGGCAUCUGUUGUUCCAGAUGGGAUUGUCUGUUUCUUUGUGAGUUACUCUUAUAUGGAUGGGAUAGUCAAUAGUUGGCACAAUUCAGGUCUUCUAGAGGGUAUAAUGAAACAUAAACUGGUCUUCAUUGAGACCCAAGAUGUCGUAGAGACCACAUUGGCUUUGGAUAAUUAUCGUCGCGCUUGUGAUUGCGGUAGAGGUGCUAUUUUCUUCUCUGUGGCAAGGGGGAAAGUAGCAGAAGGUAUAGACUUUGAUAGACACUAUGGGAGGCUUGUGAUCAUGUUUGGUGUACCUUUCCAGUACACACUAAGCAGAAUACUGCUAGCAAGACUGGAGUAUCUAAGGGAGACUUUCCAGAUUAAAGAGGGCGAUUUUCUCACAUUUGAUGCUCUGAGGCAAGCUGCACAGUGUGUAGGCCGAGUUAUCCGUUCAAAGGCAGAUUAUGGGAUGAUGAUUUUUGCAGAUAAGAGGUAUAGUCGGCAUGACAAGCGAUCUAAGUUGCCAGGAUGGAUACUAGCACAUUUACGUGAUGCACACUUGAACUUAAGCACAGAUAUGGCCAUUCAUAUAGCAAAGGAGUUCCUACGUAGAAUGGGCCAGCCAUAUGAUAAAAGUGGAGCUCUGGGUAAAAAAACACUCUUAUCACAAGAAGACUUGGAGAGGAUGGUUACUGGCCCAGAUGGAGAAAUGCUGGGCUGAUCAUUGUUUCUGCAAUUUUGUUUCUAUUUUGCAGGUUUUCCUCUCUGCAUGUUCGUGUGCUGUUUUAGAAGAGCCUUCUUUAUGUGUUUCUCUCUGUUUUGGAAUUUGGUCGUGUAUAUCAUUAUAUGUAGGUUUGUUCAAUUUUUGAGCCACUGUUUGCUCCUACUGUCACUCUAAGAAGAGGCUUUGUUUGGAAGUAGCUUUUUCGAUUAAAGUUAAUGUUUUAGAUAAAUUUUUAAUGGAGUAGAUUAACUUUGCAAGAUGCUAAAUCUGGAAGCUAUUGUUAGUUUGGCUUCUUAAAACGUUUAAGUUAAAUGUAGUGUUGGAAAUGCUAUUAAUGAGGACCUAUAUCUCAAUAAUAUGCAUUGACUAUU